AUGUCUGUCAACAGAAGCUCUGUGAGGAGCACAAGGCUGGAUUUCGACGCUGAUAAUCCAAGAGACUUCAUAGACUUCUACAUCAACGAACUAACAAAAGAAAAUUCGAGCAAGACACAACAUUCACAGGUUAGUUGUAUGUAUUUCCUGUUGUGUGAAGCAGUACCAACUCUUGUGUACUUGGGAUCACAUCUGUAUUGUUUCCUUCUCGUAGACGAUCAACUAGUUUGCCAUAUGUCGGCCGUGUUCAGCGCUGGAGUAGACACUGGAUCGUCAACUGUGUCUUUCGCCAUAUUACUGUCAGUCCUGAACCCACACGUCAUGCGCAAGAUGCAGCAAGAGCUGGACAGUGUGGUAGGCAACGUUCGUCUUCCCUCCAUGAAUGAUCGUACAAAAUAUGUCUGUCAACAGAAGUCUGUGGAGGAGCACAAGGCUGAUUUCGACGCUGAUAAUCCAAGAGACUUCAUAGACAUCUACAUCAACGAACUUAACAAAAGGAAAUUCGAGCAGGACACAACAUUCACAGACGAUCAACUAGUUGCCAUAUGUACGGACGUGUUCAGCGCUGGAGUAGACACUGGAUCGUCAACUGUGUCUUUCGCCAUAUUACUGUCAGUCCUGAACCCACACGUCAUGCGCAAGAUGCAGCAAGAGCUGGACAGUGUGGUAGGCAACGUUCGUCUUCCCUCCAUGAAUGAUCGUACAAAGUUGGUUUACACGGAUGCCACACAGACAGAGGUAUUCCGCUACCGAGGCUCAGCGCCAUUAACUGUACCUCACAAAGCUCUCAGAGAUACCAAGCUGCAGGGCUUCAGGAUCCAAGCCGGGACGGUAGUGUUGAACAACUUGUACAGCGUUCAUAUGGACCCAGGUUACUGGGGUGACCCAGAAACCUUCCGCCCUGAGCGUUUCAUCAACCAUGAUGGUUCAAUUCGUAAGGACGAGCGUGUCAUUCCCUUCGGCAAAGGUCGACGAUCCUGUUUAGGAGAAUCUCUGGCCAGGAUGACAACGUUUUUGCUGUUCUCUUCUCUCAUGCAACACUUCACCUUCAGUCUGGACCCCGCUAUUCCUGUCACCAACACGGACGGCAAGAUGGGCUUCACGCUCAGCCCUCCAGAGUUCAAAGUCUUUGCCCAAGCUAGGCUCUAAUGUUCACAUUCAAGCCUCAGGAACUCAAAGUCCCUCAUUAUGGCAAUUUGUAGUGGACACAAUCACCAGAAGAUGAGGAAAAACAACGCAGUUUCUUGAGGUGUAGCAUCAGUCUUACAAGACAAUUUUUCGUUGUCAAAAUCAUCUGUUUAUAAUCAUUACAUGAAAGUAUCCAAAAAGUAAUUUGAAAGUAUCCAAAUUUUUUUUUUAAAGUAUCCAAAAUGUAUUUAGAAAGUACCCAUAAAGUUUUUUGAAAAUAUCCAA